UCGUUGUCGUUGUCUGGAUCCAUUCCAUAUCGUGUGUGUUCCUUGAUCGCAGGAUGCCGCAGUCGAAGUCGCAGUCGCAGUCGCUGUUGGCUGCGCAGGCGCUUAACGCUCAGCAUGGGCUACCCUUGGAGUUGCCCUACGCUGAUGAAGAUGACGAGCAGCCGAAGGAGAAGGAGCAACAGCCGUUGCUGCCACCUACUGCGAUAGAGACGCGCCUCUCGCGGAAACCUUCGUUGGGGCAGCGACGCAAUGUGGAUUUGCCGCGUUUGCUGGUGAUCAACGAGUUGCCCGCUCAGCCAAGCACAGCACCAACGCCAUCGCCAUCGCCAUCGCCAACGCCUUCACCAUCGCCGCCGGCCAACGAAAAGGAGCGAGAGCGUGAACAUUUUGGUCCGGGAUUGCGACGCAACUCCAUCUCGAUGCCAUCGGGCAUCAAUUCGCUGGAGUUGGAGGCGAUGAGGCGACGGCAUCAGCUGCAAGCCCAAGAGGCGCUGCACGAGGAGAGCCAAACGGAAAGUAUUGUCGACGAUGUUUCCGCCUCGAGCAUGGGCACGCCCACAGCGGUAAAUCUGACGCCCGAUUCAGGGAAUGCAAAUGGCAAUCACAAGGGUGAUGGCAACAACGGCGACGACGACGACAGCAGCGAUGAGUUUGGCAAUGCCAAGAAGCCAGUUUAUCGCGAUCGCUUUCGCAGCCGAAGACGCGCCUCCAUCGCCCCGCUGCCCGCCCUGCGACUUAACAGCAAGGAGAUGCUGGCAAGUGAUUUCGACACCCACAGCGUGGCAAGCAACCAGGCCUCCAUCACCAGCGUCAACUCCUUGGCUAGUUUGUUGCGUGAGAAAAUGCAGGCCUUUCCACAAUUGAUUCGCAAGAAGAAGCGGGAGACAAAGGACUACAAGAUCAAGAUCUUUGUGAUCAUGAUGUUCUUCAUCAUCAUCUUUCUGAUUGGCUAUGCUUAUGUCGCCUACCAUCAGCAGGUGCUGACGAAGAGCUACUUCCAGAAGAUCAAGUUCAAUUCAAAAGAUCGCAUCUUUCGCAUACUCAGCCACGAGGACAAGGAGGUGAUAAUGGGUCAUCUGGGAGUGACGCUAGGCAGCGAUACGGCGCCGUUUCACUGCCUCGAGGAUCAUCGGCGCAGCGAUGGCAGCGUGUGCAUCGAAUGGAACGGAAUAGCGAGGCUCCACAUGAACUUCGAGGACAAGAAAGUCUUUCGCUGCUACACGCUGCAGUGGCAGGCGUUGACUCCCGGCCUGCUGCCCACCGAUUGCUAUGAGCUGAAGCGGGACAAUGGCUUGUGGUUUGGAGGCGGCAUUACCAAGGGUCAGGAGUGGUCGCUGAGCUAUGCCAACUUUGACUUUAUGCCCUAUGCCAGUGGCGAUCACAAGGUGCAUCAGUUUGGCAAUGCGGUCAAGCGGUAUUUCAUCAACUCCAUUGGCGUGGCGAUGCAGGUGAAUGAACGCACUCCGCUGCAGCUUGGCAUCAAUCGCACCGAGAAUCAGUUUUGUUUGCGGGCGGCCAACGAUGAUUUCACAUUCGUGAAUCGUUUGACCGAAUUGCCGCAGCUGGACUAUAAGAUUUGCACGACGGAGGAUAUGCGGAGUCUCCACAUGCUGAUGACACAGCAGCCGCUGUUCAAUGGCGUUACCGAGGAGCUGGAGCCGCUGCUUGCGGAGCCAGUGUGGCAGAUACCACAUCAGGCGCAUCGUGACUCACUUAAUGAAUCGAUCAUUUGCGACUAUUCGGAGAAUGCGAUUGCCAUCGGUUUGGGGCACAUUGUGAUCAAUGAGUUUUGGCAGGAGAAUAUCGGUGACUUCACCGUCGAUCGCACGAGAUUUCCCACGCUGAAUGAUACCAUCGCUGUGCUGCAUCGCCGUGGCUUCAAGGUGGUUUUCACCAUCCAGCCGUUCAUCAGCACCGACAGUCCCAACUUCAAGGAUGCCGUCGCUCGCAAGCUGCUCAUCUAUGAACGGCAUUCGGAGCGCAGCAUCCCGGCGCUCACCCGCUACAAGAGCAGCUCCAGCGCCGGUGUGCUGGACAUCACGAACAAUGCGUCGGUGCCCUGGCUGCUGGAGAAGCUGCAGCGGCUGAAGGACGAGUACGGUGUCAAGAGUUUCUAUUUGGAUCUGGGCACUGGCUACAAUCUGCCGCAUUACUAUCAAUGCCGCCAGCCACUCGACAAUCCCGAUCAGUACGCACGCAAGUUGACCCAGAGCCUGGAGAGUGCCGGACUCAUGGCGGUGUCGACGGCAAGUGUGGUGCCCAAGCCACCGACAUUUGUCAGCACUCCGCCGGCGAACUCAACGUGGGAGGGACUCCGCGAAACGCUCGCGGCUGUGCUCAACUACGGCGUCAUCGGUUAUCCGUUUGUGUUACCCGGCGCCAUUGGUGGCGAUUAUCUGCUUCAGCGACCGCUCACCAAAAUGGUUUCGUUCUACUCGUUGGCGCAACCGCCGCUGCCCGACAUGGAGCUCUUCAUACGUUGGCUGCAGCUGGCCACGUUUUUGCCUGUGAUGCAGUUCAGUCAUCUGCCCGAUGAAUACCAGAGCAAGCUGGUGACCCGCGUUGCACAGGAGCUGAAGAAUGUGCGACAAACGGUGGUGAUCAAGUUGCUCAACAAGUAUUUGCACUCAUCGAUGACGGAGGGUUUGCCGUUGGUGCGUCCGCUGUGGAUGUUGGAUCCCCAUGAUCCCGCCUGUCUCAUUGUCAGCGAUGAGUUCUCUGUGGGCGAGGAGCUCAUUGUGGCGCCCAUUCUCGAUGCAGGUCGCGAGGAACGCGAAGUGUAUUUGCCGCAGGGCGUGUGGAAGGAUGGCAUCGAUGGAUCACUGCGCAAGGGAAGCCGCUGGAUGCAUGGCUAUCGAGUGCCCAAGGACAAGGUUGCCUACUUCCGCAAAAUGCCGGACAACACGCGCUUCUAGUUAAACAAUCACGCCAUCAUAUAACUGUGUAUUGUUAUUAUAAUUA